AUGUUUCUUUUGAGUUGUAGGGAUGAUUUUCACGAUCAAUAUUGAUUGGUUUAUUUCGCAAUGAGCUUCUGUUUUUGAUGAAGUUUCGAUGUUUAUAUAGCAUCUAUGUAAAAUAACGGCCAGAUUGAUGGACUAUUGUUAUACAGGUUGUUGUGAACCCAUAAAGCCAGUAGCGGCAAAGCCUAUUUGUAAGACAGAAAUGGGUUGAGAUCAGCCAUCAAAGAUCAUCGUUUAAUCUCCUUUUAUUUUCCUCGGCUAGGUGUGGGAAAUGUAGCUUUCAGCUGCAGUGGAACAGUCAAGUGGCCGAUAUCUAAUUAGUGCGGAUUAUCGUCACCUGCUCGCGCCUCUAUUGUCCCACAAGGACUUGGUUAUUGUCUGACCGUGGAGUGAGAAGUUGUUUUAGGGGAUUUUGAGUGGCUUAUAGAGGAUUUAACAUGCCCCAGCGAUCUGAUUGAAAUGGAAACUAUAAACUAGGCCAAUGGUAAUCAAUAGGGAUCACAAAUUAGGCUAAUCUUUCUCUUAUCAAAUCAGAUAUGAAUGUGAAUUAGGCCUGACAGAAAAUGACAGAUACUAACGGGUGAUUUGAAAUAAGAAUAAUGUCAGUGAAUAUCAAGUUUACCUAUCAUUCAGAAGACACUUGUGCCACAUUUGUUGACAUAUUAAUUUAAAUCCUAUAGAUUAAACAUGUUUUUGUUUCAACAUUAGGCCUAGGCUAUUUAAAAUACAGGGUAUUGUCAACAAUAUUGCAUUUCUUACAGAUCGCCUACAUUGUUUAUCGUUUAUUUAUUUUCACAUACCAUCCUCUCCUUAGAAUCCAGACCAUUUUCACACCGACUUCGUUCCCAUGGAAUCGGCUAUUAUCUUAUUAUCGCUACGUUGCCAAUGUCGCGGAUGUGUGAGGCUUUAUUUACAUGACUCUUAGCGAACGGGGCUGAAUGAAUUUAUGACCUUGUAGUCACCCAGCCCCCCAGAUCGCAGUGUUAGUUCCCCAAGAACAGAGCUCCUACCAGGUCAGACAGACGGACAGGGCGGGAGACUCACUGGAGCAUGAAUAUUUACGCUUGGGAUACUCCACGGAAGCCGUUGUUUUGGACGCAGAAGACUCAUUAGCUGCCAUGGGACCGUGCAAGCUGCUGACAUCACUGGUCCUGUCCAUGUGUUGUCAUGUUCUGUACGCUACAGCAUGGUCGGUGAAUAACUUCCUGAUGACUGGACCAAAGGCCUAUCUGACGUAUGCCAGUAGCGUGCAGGUGGGCGCACAGAGCGGGAUUCAGGAAUGCAAACACCAGUUCUCUUGGGACAGGUGGAACUGCCCCGAGAGCGCGCUCCAACUAUCAACUCAUGGACUGCGCAGUGCCACAAGAGAGACGUCUUUCGUCCACGCCAUCAGUGCUGCGGGGGUGAUGUACACUCUCACCAAUAACUGUAGUAUGGGGGAUUUUGAUAACUGUGGAUGUGAUGACUCCCAUAUUGGGCAGAUAGGUGGUAGGGGUUGGAUUUGGGGGGGCUGCAGUGAUAACGUGAAAUUUGGGGAGAAGAUGUCCAAACAGUUUGUGGACGCGCUGGAGAACGGGCACGACUCGCGCGCAGCUGUAAACCUGCACAACAAUGAAGCUGGUAGACUUGCGAUCAAGGCGACCAUGAAGCGAGCCUGUAAGUGCCACGGCGUCUCCGGGAGCUGUUCCGUUCAGACCUGCUGGAUGCAGCUGUCUGACUUCAGAGACAUCGGCAACUACCUCAAAGUCAAACACGACCAGGCGCAGAAACUGGAGAUGGACAAGAGGCGGAUGAGGUCGGGGAACAGCGCGGACAACAGGGGCGCCAUCGCGGACGUGUUCAGCAGCAUCGCCCGGACGGAGCUCAUUUACCUGGAGGAAUCUCCAGACUACUGUACCAAGAACAAGAGCCUGGGGCUCCAGGGAACCGAGGGGAGGGAGUGUCUGCAGGGGGAAAAUAACCUCUCCCAGUGGGAGAAGAAGAGCUGCCGCCGGCUGUGCCAUGAGUGCGGCCUGAGGGUCGAGGAGAGGCGGAUUGAGAUAGUCAGUAGCUGUAAUUGCAAGUUUCACUGGUGCUGCACGGUCAAGUGCGAGCGGUGCACGCAGGUCGUGACCAAAUACUACUGCGCGCGCAGGGAGAGAGUGCGCAGGCCUCAGAACAGCACAAGGAAAAGUGGGAGAAGGUCCCGCGUGCAGCGCAGUUGAUUUGCGCCUGCACAGUCUGUGGUUAUCUAUACCUGAUGAUAACUAUGAAGGGGACAGUUUAUUUUAAUAUUCGCUAUUUAAAACAUGUUUUAUUACAGUUAAUUUUAUCCAUGUUCAUCUGUCUGGGAUUGUAUGUCUUGUAUGUUGUUACCCAAACAUUUUACACGUGAUUUCUCCUGUAACUUGUUUAUGAUCAACAUAUUCUCAUCCAUCCCACAUCGGAUGACAAACUAUUUCCACUUUUGUCCCUCAUUAAAAAUGCACUUUAUAGGCUAACAUUUUGACAAUCGAAUAGAUAUGUGAUAUGUUCUAAAAAAUAUAUAUAUUCCUUUGGUAAAUGUCUAUCAUCACAAUGUUAUUUUGUUAAUGCACGUUUAAGUUUACUUGUCACUUUGGGGGUGUACAAGGAGAAAUAUGGUUGUCUAAAUGGGUUAGAGGCCUAUGCGUACAUUCGGUGUGUCCUCUUUUAUAUUAAUUAUGACAUUGUUUUAAGUGUCAUUAUCACGUUUUUAUUUUUGUACGGGGAAUUGCAUAUUAAAUAUUUGAAUCUUA